GCGCAACGAGUCACACCGCUCUCGUCUUCGUCUUCGCCUUUGCCUCCGUCUCCUCGCCUUAUCGAGAUUGCGCCCAAAGAUAUUCGAACUGAAACUAAUCGGUUAAUCAACACCUCGCAACGCUUACUUAUGAAUUUGACAGAGUGUCCAAAAAUCGUCUAGAUCUAAAGUGAUAAGAUAACCAAGUGAUACACGAACUCCAAGACUGAGUUACCGCCGGUUUUGUGCCGGGACAACUUCGCGGAUCUUGGAGCUCCCAAAAAUAUGACCGUAACCGCCUUUGCUGCCGCCAUGCACAGACCCUUCUUCAAUGGAUAUUCUACCAUGCAAGACAUGAACAGCGGCCAGGGGCGCGUCAAUCAACUAGGUGGAGUUUUCAUCAACGGUCGUCCUUUGCCCAACAAUAUCCGUUUAAAAAUCGUCGAGAUGGCUGCCGAUGGCAUUCGGCCCUGUGUGAUCUCCAGACAACUGCGCGUGUCCCACGGAUGCGUAUCGAAGAUCCUGAACCGCUAUCAGGAGACAGGCUCCAUCAGGCCGGGAGUGAUUGGUGGCUCCAAGCCGAGGAUUGCCACGCCCGAGAUCGAGAACCGGAUCGAGGACUACAAGCGUAGCAAUCCGGGAAUGUUCUCCUGGGAGAUCCGCGAGAAGCUGAUCCGCGAGGGAGUCUGCGACAGGAGCACAGCACCCUCGGUGUCCGCCAUUUCCCGCCUGGUGCGUGGCCGAGAUGCUCCGCUGGACAACGAGCUGUCCUCCGCCUCGGAAUCUCCCUCUGGUGGUGUUACCAAGGCCUCCAGUUCCUGCGGCUCGGAUGUCUCGGGCGGUCAUCACAACCACAACAAGCCCUCCGAUGAGGACAUCUCCGACUGCGAAAGUGAGCCGGGAAUCGCCUUGAAGCGCAAGCAACGCCGCUGCAGGACCACCUUCUCCGCUUCCCAGUUGGACGAACUGGAGCGCGCCUUCGAGCGUACCCAGUACCCCGAUAUCUACACCCGCGAGGAGCUGGCCCAGCGCACCAAUCUCACGGAGGCCCGCAUCCAGGUGUGGUUCAGUAACAGGCGAGCUCGCCUCCGCAAGCAACACACCUCGGUCUCGGCCGUAGCUCCUGGAGUUGGAGUCUCCUCUGUGAGCCAUGUAGCAACGGCCACCUCUCUGCCCAGCGUGGUUUCCAGUGUCCCCAGCAUGGCUCCGCUGGCCAUGAUGCCGGGAACCCUAGAUGCCGCCAGUGUGUACCAGCAGCAGUACGAUUUCUACGGCAGUCACGCCAACAUUUCCGUAUCCGCCGGAGCUCCCAUGACCGGUAGCAACCUGUCGCCGGGAAUCACGACCACACCGCCGCACCAUCAUCAGUUCUAUAACCCCAGCGGCAAUACCGCGAGCUACAUAAUACCGGGGGAGAAUGGUAACACCACACCCACCGGCAACAUCAUCGUGUCCAGCUAUGAGACGCAGCUGGGAUCGGUUUACGGAACCGAAACGGAUGCCCACCAGACGAUGCCGCGCAACGAGAGUCCCAACGAGUCGGUGUCCUCCGCCUUUGGCCAGCUGCCGCCCACGCCCAACAGCCUUUCCGCGGUGGUGAGCGCAGGAGGAGUGACCUCCAGUGGGGGCAACUCGGGAGUCGAUCCCUCACAGUCGCUGGCCAAUGCCAGUGCUGGAAGUGAGGAGCUAUCGGCUGCCCUGAAGGUGGAAUCGGCGGACCUGCUGGCCGCCAGUCAGUCGCAGCUGUACGGCGGAUGGAGCUCCAUGCAGGCACUGCGUCCCAAUGCGCCACUCUCGCCGGAGGACUCGCUGAACUCCACCAGCUCGACGAGCCAGGCCCUGGACGUGACCACCCACCAGAUGUUCCAUCCGUACCAGCAUGCGCCCCAAUAUGCCACCUAUCCCUCGGCCCCCGGCCAUGCGCACUCGCAUCCGCAUCACGGACAUCCCCAUGCGCCACAUCCGCACGCACAUCCGCAUGCGCAUCCGCAGUACGCCGGCACCCAUCCGCACUAUCCGCCGCCCAGUUCCUCGGCACACUUCAUGCCGCAGAACUUCAAUGCCGCCGCCUUUCCAUCGCCCUCGAAGGUGAACUACACAACGAUGCCGCCACAGCCGUUCUACCACUCCUGGUACUAGACACCAAGCGCAAGGAUCCUCCACCUCCAGGAGCAGGUGUCACCGGAUCCCUGGAACAAGUCGCCAAAGAUGUACAUAGCUGGGGAGCAACAUAAAAAUAACAUUUUUGUGUGGGGCAGUACAGACAUUUUCCAUGUGGAAAACCUCUGACAGACUCGCCCCCAAAAUAGUUCCAAUUCGUAGACCUAAGCCUAGAAAAUACCAUACCAACUAAGGGUAGGAAGAUAAGAUGAUAGAUAGCCUAAGUAGCAAGUGCCUUGAAAAUAAAUAUAUCUAUGCUAAUUUAUCCCGUA